AUGCCAUGUUUCUUGUUUUCGGGCAUUGCCGCUAACAUUGACUAUGAGGUGUUAAUACGACUUUGGCCUAUACCUACUUUUUAUCUUACCUUCGUAACAAUUAGUGGUAUUCUCGGUAUAUUUGGAGGGAAAUUAUUAAACUUGUCUAUUUCAGACACAAAAUUCGUAAUGACUGGUAUCAUGUUUAAUGAUAUAGUAACCCUUUCGCUAAGUAUAUUAAAAGGUAUGAGUCAUACUAAUGCAAUACAAAUUUUAUCUUGGGGAGAUGAUGAUACACCUUCUAAUUCGGUUAAGAGGGGAACUUCUUAUAUAUUAUUAUCCUCUCUGUUUGGUAACUUGCUGCG